AAGAAGCAAGGCUUCCCAUUUCACAUCGCAAAACCAGUAAGCUCGCCCUAGAAAGCUGAGCUACCUUACCUUACUGGAGACGAAGAAAGGCGAUUGAAAUGUUGGGCGAACACGGCAUCCAGCGAGCCCAUCUGCGUAACAAUACGCACCUUGAUGAAACCAGCUCGCCGAGUCGUUGCAUCUUUACUUAUCGAUAAGUAUCUUCUGAGCCCCACACGGUCAAAUGAGCCGAAUUCAACCUGCAAUUCGAGCUUCUCGCGACUUUGAGUGAUUGCCGUCAACAUCCUAGGGAGGUCGUCAAAUAGUGCAACCUAGCUCUCUAGGCGACCAUGGCAACGAAGGAUGCAUUGCAGCCAUCAUCUCCAAAUACCCACACAAGCAAACGGAAGUUACCCAGCGACAGCCAUGACCUAGUCCCCAAGAAGCGCAGAGCAGCAGGCCUUCAAACUCGGGUCGAGACUGAGAGAGGGCCGCCAACAUCAACGUCAACAACCAGAAGUUACAGCCAAGUGUACAAUCCGGUUCUCUCAAAACUGGGCCGCAAGUUCGACGUCAAGGUCAUGUCAGUCAUGCCUUCCACCAACAUCAGCAAGCACGUCGAUCGUGCGCUAGAACACCUAGGACGCUUCAAUGCGUGGGAUCAAACAGUGCUACCGGGUGUCGUCUUAUUGUGUGCCAAAUCAGCCGCUUCCAGCAAACUCAUUACGAUUGCGGAACUCACCAGACGGCGGGUUGGGGAGAGCAAUCAAAAGUGGUUUCAGUACAGCUUACUGAGCGAGACGGUAAUAGAGGAGGCAGUGCAGCCAGCGGAGGAACCGUCAGUGGUCGAGGACACGUUCAUGGUGGUUGACCGGGAGGGCAUGGAAGGGACGGUCGACGACUAUUUCGAGACGAUACAGCCAACAAUCCACGAGCGAGCGGUGCAACCAGCAAAAGUCAGACACAAAGCGCACAUCACCGUCCUGCUCUCCAGGGUACCACUAGACGAGCUAAACGCCGAGAAGAACGUUUCGCUUCAGACGAACGAGCAGCACGUUGAACACCUCCGAAAGAAAAGGAUGGGCCUUGUUGCUUGAGGCUCUCGCCUCGAACAGAACAUACUACGGCCUGGAUGUUUGUUGAGGGUUUGUUGAGACUUUGGCGGGAGCGACGCUGAGCUAGAUGGGAGGGGCCUACGUUCAGCGGGGGGUUCCCGGACUGUUGAGGUCUUGCGUGCCUCUGGAUGUGAUACCCAGCGCUUUUUCU